UUGUGGGGAAGAAAGUCGUUGCCAUUCGACCUCUGCGGGGCCUGCGCGGACGCAGCGAGAACCCUGAAAUUCAUUAUGCCUUUAAAACCUUUAUUUAUUUCCGCAUAACGUACAUACUCUCACCGGGAGGGCCGAAGCGGGGGAAAGACACGACGACGGUCCAUCAUAUUCGGGAACUACUUCGCUGACAACUACGUACGCGUUCGCUUAGAAAGUGAGAUUCUAAUUUAUAUACAGAAAAAUGUCCGGUGAGAGAAACCGCAGGUCGCUGGCUUUCCGAGGAGGUGGAUUGGCCGGGUUCACGGGCUCCAGCGGAAUCAGCGGGGGGAACUGUAACAGCUGGGAGGCCCCGGCCUGUCAAGAGCGACAUUUUAACGGGAAUAGGCCGGAUCAAGACGAGGACGGGGAUCUGGGGGCGAAGGGACCAUCGCAGAAGAGAGUGGAGGGCGCUGGAUCUGUCAGCGACAGCACGGAACCCGAGGAGGAAGAGGACCCGGAAGGGGGCAGAUGGGCAACCGGGAACGGUGUCGAUCGCGUCGUCUCCCUGGAUGUGGAGGACGGGUCGCCGGACGGGGGUAGCUGGAUCGCGAGCACCAACAGUGUCGAGGACCCGGAGUCGGGGAGCGGUCCGGCGGAAGGCGAGUCCAGGAAAUCGGGGGUAGAGAUGAGACCGCAGACGCUGCUCCAGAAACACUCUUUUUUCCACGCUUCCUGGCUGCAAGAAUUUCCAUGGCUCAAAUUUAGUCAGGAGACGGGACUCAUGUCUUGUUCGUGGUGUCACAACAUUGCCACCAAGAACAGCGACGAGCUCACGAAGGGAAGUCGCAACUACAAGCGGGCCCUGCUGCUGAGACAUCACCUGUCCUCCGAACAUGGCAGGAAUGACCCCACCAAACAGGAGAUGCUGCGGCCUACGGACAAUCCGAGCCCCUCUACAAACUCAUCGGAGGAAGACUACCGCAACAAGCCGAAUGAGAACUCUUACUGUUACCAGCUCCUUCAAGAGUUGGACAAGCAACGCAAGAGCGGUAUCCUCUGUGACGUCAACAUCGUCGUCUCAGGCCAGGUGUUUCGGGCACACAAGAACAUCCUGGUGGCAGGCAGCCGCUACUUUAAGACCCUCUACUGUUUGACCAAGAAUGAGACCCAGGACCAGGCCACAGUCACGCACCUCGAUGUUGCCGCGGUCCAGGGUUUCUCAGUUAUUCUCGACUUCCUGUACUCUGGUAAUCUGCUGCUCACAAGCCAAAAUGCCAUUGAGGUGAUGUCUGUAGCUAGUUAUCUCCAGAUGACAGAAGUUGUACAUACAUGCCGAGCCUUUAUAAAGGAUGCCCUCAAUAUCAGCAUCAAGCAGGAGGCUCCUGACUCAGUGGUGGUGGACUACAACAAGAGGCAAACUGUGGCCAAAGAGGGACUGCGAGGUAUCGAGCGAAAACCAAGUAACUUCUGGGCCACAAGCAUCCUGUCAAAGCUGUCGAUCAAAGCCAGCCACAACCAAGGAAAGGAAGCCAUGGAAGAAGGAGAUGAAGGUGGCAGGGUGAAGGAGGAGAUAAAUGAUGUUGAAGUAACUCUUGGGGGUGAGGGCUGUGCCCUUGUGACCCCGGGAGCCUCUGGUAACUGGGCCAACCAAAACGACAACUCCUCUGACUCCAUAGAGACCAAUGAAUCUAGGGCAGCAAGUGCACAGACGCAGGUAUUCGUCUGGAACGAGCCACCCACAGGUAGAGCCGCAGCGGCACCAGCAGCGGUAAAGCAAGAGGCACCAGAUGCUGCAGCUGGAAGCGGGAGAAGGAAAAAGCAGACCACAACACGUCGAUUUGUCUACAACUUUCCACCAGAGCCCGAAGAGGGAUUUGAUGAGGGCAUGUUCAUCCAGCCGUCAGCUGCGUAUCCCAGAGAAGACUUCUCUUCCCUCUCUGAAAAUGCUGAACUGGCCAAUCAGAUCCAGUGUAGCAUCAUCCAAGACUUACAGCAGGGCGAGUCCUGGGAGAAUGGUGAAUCGUCCCACCUUGCCCUAAAUAAGCUCAAGUGCCCCCACUGUAACUACAUUGCCAAGCACCGGCGCACUCUCAAGAGGCACCUGAUCAUCCACUCGGGUGUACGCUCCUUCAGCUGUGACAUCUGUGGCAAGCUUUUCACUCGGCGCGAGCACGUCAAGAGACAUUCCCUGGUUCACAAGAAGGACAAAAAGUAUAAAUGCAUGGUGUGCAAGAAGAUCUUCAUGCUUGCUGCCAGCGUGGGAAUCCGCCACGGCUCCCGGCGCUAUGGCGUGUGUGCCGACUGCGCAGACUCCCACCAGGCCACUCAGGAGGGUCUGGAGGGUAUGGACUUCCCCCGCGACGAAGACUUUGAGGGGGAGGAGGUGGAGGACCUGGAGACAGAGGGUGACCACGACCAAUCAAAUUGGGCCGAGGGCAACACUGGUGCUGCCCGGGAUGACGACAAAGAAUAUUAACUAGCUUGAGUAACAAACUAAGAAUAACUUAAUGCUUAAUAUAUGUACAAGAAAACUAGCUGGUAAACAAUCAACUCCAAAGUGCUAUCGAACCUCGAGGUAAUUGUGCAACUAUGACAAAGAUCUAAUGUCAACGAAAGCUUUGGUAGAGUAGCAACUCCAAGAUGUACAGAUUGAAUUAUUAUUAUUAUUAUUAUGACUCCAAUGUGUCCCAAGUUGGAGAUAGAUCCUAACAAUGAUUAAGACGAUUAAUCAGGUUUUUUGUUUUGGUGAUGUAUUCUUAUUUCCUGUCGGGGGGAGUGGUGUAGUUGAGUUUUGUUAGGCCAAUCUUAUAAAAAGAAAUGUUAAUUAUUUAAUUUAUGAAGAGAGCUUAAUAUGGUCUUAUCAAAUGCUAUAAUUUUAUCUGUUUGUUUGUUUGUUUAUAUGCAGAUGCGCAGUCGAUGCUGUUGCUUUCUGCCUAAUCUGAAAGCGAUGAGCUUGGUGCUUGUAGAUGGAAGAAGUGCAGCGAAAGCUUUCCAGUGUGCUCUGCAGAUCUUCUCUAGACGCGCGACGUAUAUCCUCCUGUCUUUUCUGUUUUUAUUUCCUUUCCUCUGCACAAAUCUUGGAACCAAAAAAUCUGUUUUGUGACUGUAAAGUAUCAUGGCUGUAUUUAUGAUUAAUUUAAGAGAGCUGUGAUAUUGUGCCAAACAGACCGCACACCAAGAUUGAGCAGGAAACAAAAAACUACUGAAUAUACUUAAAAGAAGAAAAAAAAAUGGUUUAAGUGGGUAAAAAAAAAAGAUAAAAAUGUCCGGGGGGGGGGGGAAUGUUAUUGCUAGCUUUAUACAAAUCACAGCGUCACAGUAACACUUUAUUGUUGAUUAAACUAAAGCAUUUGACUUUCACUUAAAGCUUGAAUUUUGCCAAAUGAUAAAACGUUUGGUGCUGUAAUGCUUGUCGCAGAAUACUGGACCUACAGGCUAUAUAUGAUGUUUAUAAUCAUAAAAGCUUAAACUGACUCAGUUAUACAUAUGUAAUCAGCUUAAACUAUAGAACACUGUUAUGCUACGGUGACUAUCAGGUAUGCUUUGCCAUUGUUUUUUAGCUUUUGUUAUUUAAUGCACAUGCACACACACACACACAGAACGCGCAUACCAUUUUUGUAGAACUACCGGCAGUACUUGUAAUUGAAGAGGACCUACGUAAACGUCAAUACCUGUACACGUCUGUUUAUAUUUGGUACGGAGUUAAGAAAAAAAAAAAGAUAUUUCCAAUCACUUGAACUUUUGAUUGUGGGGGAAGAAAGUGUGCGACAAAUCAUAAUUUUACGUUUGAACAAACUCCAAUUUUUACGUGUGUUUUAAAGGGCUUUGUGUGUCAUUUGUACGUUACCUAUUUGAAGACUAAAAAUGUGUUGCUUUACCAGUGGAUUUGAGCGCAUGACCUUGGCUGUAAGUGGCUUUGGAAAGUCAUCAGGCUUCAGUCCAGCAGUUAUAGAUACAUCACUCUGAAUUUCCCAAUAGAUAAUAGACUCCUAAAAAUAAAAACUCCGUUUGAGUCCUCAAUUAGUAUUCAACGAACAAGUGGUACACAAGCCUGGUCAUUUCCAUAAAGGCUUCAUUUGAAAGUAGUUUGUUGUCAUUAUUGCUUUAGGUCUGCCAGGUAGGAACACACUUAUUCCAAAAAAGUGAAGCUCUAUGGCGCCUCAUAGACAUGCACUUACUUUUGCGUUCAAGAUUUUUUUUUUUUUUCUUUCUUUUUGGCUCUUUGCUUCCCCAAAAGCGGGUCUGAAUGGAACUCUUGUUAAGAACAGUUGUCCUUCUUCCAUGAUUUCUUUUUUUUUUUUUUUUAUUAUUAGUCGUUUGUUUUGUUAUUUAAUAUUAUAUAUAUAUUGACUCCAAAAUGCAAUCGAGACUGUUAAUUUCUAUUUGUCCAAACCAAAAUUGUUGUUUUUAAUUAUUGUUGAAUUGUAAUGUAUGAGAAAAGCCAGGUGAGAACUUGCUUAGCGUAGAGAAUCCUUGCUCGUGUCUGUAAUUGUCCAGAUUUUUACGUGUUUUAUUCUUACAGUAUCAUUCACUUUACCUUGGAUACAUAUUUUUGUUUGAAAUUUCUGCAGAAGUUUGAUUUUUCUCCUUCAUUUUCGUGAAGCACAUAUUUUGAAACACGGGAUUGUUUGCGGGUUGAAACCUUGGAACAGCAGUAUCUGUUCAUAUGCAGUGGAUUAUACAGUUUGUAUAUCAAGAAAUGGAAUAUGUGUAACUUCCCUUUAAUCUCUAUGGAAGAAGAUAUAUUUAAAGCCGUAGAGAUCUUCAUCCUCUUUGUCACUUUUACCUUCAAAUCACUGUGGGUGGGGAUAUAUAACAUACGUAUAUAUGAGAAUAUAUGAGAUAUGGAUAUAUAUAGAUGAAGAAUAUAUUAUUUAACUUAAAGGAACACAUUGUCGUCAGCUUUGCAAACUUCUGGCGUAGUGUUUUCUCCGUGACCUUUAACCUCCGCUUUCUCGCCACACUGUGUGCUCGUCCAUCGCACCAUCCUGUUGUUUGUUCGUUCUUUUGAUACUAUCAACCAUCCUACUGAUUAUUUUUGUUUCCUUUAACGAAUGAAACUCAAAACCUUUUGAUGUAUCAUUGUUAGAUUUUAUGCUGUAUUUGUUAUACGGACAGAAGAGAAACCACACAAAAGCAAAAACACUACAGAUGUAAAAGCAGAGGUUUUUUUCCCCAGCUGUAUUUUUUUACGCCGUUUUCAAAAAGGUUGUAUUUUUCAAUUUUUCUCUGGAACUUUGACAGUGAUGCAAAACUCGGGCCGCGCCUCCGCGCCCUCCGAACACAAAGCAGAUUCAGGUUACUCUUUUUACGUUUUUAUCUGACGUUUUCAAGAUGAAACUACAUUCUCUUUUUUUCUGUUUGAAUUGUACUACUGUUCCUCUCUAUAAUACAUUUUACGAAUAAAACUUUGAUAUUG